AUGCACGUCGCCCAGGUCGAGAAAUGGGGCGAACCCCCAAAAUACACCACGGUCGCUACACCCGAUCCCCCGGACCCGGCGUCCGACGACGUCCAGAUCAAAGUCACCGCGACGGCGAUCCACAACCUCGUCCGCCUCCGGGCGUCGGGGACACACUACUCUGCCAAAACGCUCCCCCACGUGCCCGGCGUCGACGGCGUCGGCACCACCACCGCUGAAGGGGGAGAGGAGGCGUACUUUUUCGACUACCACGGGUCCUCGGGGACGUUCGCGGACCUCGUGACGGUGCCCAAGGCGAACGUAUUCCCCCUGCCGGCCGGCGCGGACCCGAUCCAAGUCGCGGCGCUCGUCAAUCCCGCCAUGUCGAGCUGGCUCGCCCUGCGCAAGCGGGCGUUCCACCUCCCCCCGGGCUUCUCGGUCUUGAUCCUCGGCGCGACGUCGACCUCGGGCAGACUAGCCAUCCCGAUAGCGCGGGCGCUGGGGGCCGGCAAGAUCGUCGGGUGCGCGAGGAGCCGAGACGCGCUCGACUCGCUGCGAGGAGUCCCCGCCGGUGGUGGUGGUGGUGGCGGUUUGGACUCGACGCUCGUCCUGCGCGACCCGGUGACGGCGACGGAUUUCGCGUCGCUGGGCCACGUGGACGUCGUCCUCGACUACGUCUACGGCCCGCCGGCGGAGCAUCUGCUGCACUCCGUCAAGGCGCUCGACAGGCCGACGCAGUACAUCAACAUCGGCGGGCUCGCGGGCGCGACCAUCACGCUGCAUUCGAGGGUGGUGAGGUCUUCCAAGAUCGUCAUGCUGGGGUCGGGCAUCGGGAGUUGGACUGACGACGAGAUCCGGGACGAGCUGCCCGGCCUGUUGCGAGCCAUCGUGUCGUCGCUGCCCGUGCCGACAAUCGAGGUUCGCUCGUUACGCGACGUCGAGACGGUUUGGGGUCAAAACGAAAAGGGGAAAGGGGGCCUCGAGAGGAUCGUUUUGGUCCCGUGA